UCUUAAAAAAAAAAUCCAUUAUCCUUUCAUUCUCUUUUUCUCUGCUCAAUUGGAAUAAAAUAUAAAGGGUUUUUUUUUUAAAAAAAUAUUUCUCUUUUUAAAUUUAUGGAUGUUAAAAUGAGAGGUUUUAGGUGUGGAGAACCUCAGAAGAUAAAAGAGGAGGAGGAGGAGAUGGACGUCCGGAAAGGGCCGUGGACGGCGGAGGAGGAUUCUGUUCUGUUUAAUUAUGUUAACUGCCACGGCGAAGGUCGUUGGAACGCAGUCGCUCGUUGCACCGGUUUGAAGAGAACUGGGAAGAGUUGUAGAUUGAGAUGGUUAAAUUACUUGAGGCCGAGUGUUAGGCGUGGGAAUAUCACUCUCCAAGAACAGCUCUUGAUUCUUGAACUCCAUUUUCGCUGGGGCAACAGGUGGUCUAAAAUAGCGCAGUAUUUACCGGGAAGAACAGACAAUGAAAUAAAAAACUAUUGGAGAACAAGGGUUCAAAAGCAAGCCAAACAACUCAAUUGUGACGUGAAUAGCAAGCAAUUCCGUGACGCCAUGCGAUACGUGUGGAUGCCUCGUUUGCUGGAACGUAUCCAAGCCUCAACUGAUUCGACUACCACCAUUGUUGAUGUUAUCCAACCACCACACCCACCUCUCGAGUUGACUCAAUCGUCACCAUCCGGAUCUAGUUGGGUCAACCCUCAUGUGGCUCCCACAACUUCGUCAUCAGACUCUAUAUCUGAUCAGGUCCAACUUCAAGUUUCACCUGUUUCAGACAUGACAGAGAACUUUAACAUGGUAGAUAAAAGUGAAGAAGAUGGGAUGAUGAUGCUAAUGGAACACGGGUGUGACGGAGAGGCGAUGAUCAACGAGUGGAUAGGUGGUGGGGAGGUAUUGGAGAAUGGGUUAUGGAAUGAAGAAGAUAUGUGGACAUUGUUGCAACAACAAUUUGGUGAUGAUGUUUAAAAGGGAAAAUAAUUAAUUAGAUAUAUAUUGAUUAAUUAGAAAAGCCCUCAAAUUUGAAUUUACUUACGUGACGGCAAAUAUUAUAAAUAGGGGAAUGAAUGACUUGACAAAUUAGAAGUGUAGGCUAAAAAAAUACAUGAUGACAAAAUACACAAAGCUCAAACAUUGACAGCUUAUGAUGUCCACUAGCUUUGGUGUGACACAUUUAGGUUUUUGUAAGUUUAUACCAUUUAAGUUUUAUGUUAGAUUUACACACUUUGCUCCCUCCUUCUAA